AUGGAGUUACACGAAGACCCUGGUAAGCAUCGUGUCCGGGUGGUAUUUACACGGAAAAUGGAAGAAAGAAAACUGUAUAUGGAAGAACUCAAAAACCGACGGUACCAGGAAAAUAGGCGCUUGUACAAAGAAAUUAGAAAACGCGUUGGACCUAGAUGGUAUCAAGCUCUUAGUACACCACAAAGAGUGGCCCUAGACACUUUACAAAGCAGUAUGUAUCAAGAUAUGCUAGAGGCUCGCCCAGGAAGAUCAGAAAAAAUAAUUAAAGUCUUAGGUCUGCAACCACGUCCAAGUCGUAUAGAUCUUUUAAGUGCCAUGUACUACGGGAAGGGUGACCCAAAAGAAAUGUUCGCGCAGCUAUAUCAAAUGCUUUACGGGUUUCAUUUCAGUACUAAACGUGCUUCAUACACAUUAAAUCAAAGGCUUAUACUGUCGGCCAUCUUCUACCUUGGACUUGAUAAUUUGAUAGUGUUACUGCGCGAAAGAUUUAAACCUGAUCCGAAAACGCCUUCACCUCCCGUAAAAAAAAAGAAACCACCGCCGAUUCUUCAAUCGCCAUAUCUACAAAAGCUGAAAGCUGUGGAAAGAUGGAGUCCCAAGGUAUUUAAGCCCAGAGAAGCACAGCCGUUACCCUUGAAUUUAGGAGAUUUGAACGAACCUUAUGAAGAGGAACCUAUUGUGCCAAAACCUCCACCUCCACCGCCGCCGCCGCCGCCGCCAAAAAAAAAAUUACCUCAGUCUUAUUGCGAAAAAUUAGCAGGUUAUACCAAAUUAGAAGCAUAUCGUCAACAAUCACCAGUUCGUCCAUUGAAACAAAAAAAGGACAUCGGUUCACGUGCCAAUCGCAUUCAUGCUUCUAAAUUGAUAGUCAAUGAAGGAAAAAAAACAUAUGGUUUAGGACUUGCAAUGAAAUGUAAAGUAAGGCGAAAAAAACCAAAAGCACCUCGUGCCUUGCAAUAUAAUGGACAAUAUCUUAUUAAAGGAGUACAUAUUAUCAAUGGAUCUCCUCGUUACGUUUUAGAAGCCGUAGUGAAUAUGGCUCCACUUGGCGAAUUCAUUAAUGGAGGCCAUGUAUUCCUAAACGGGGUAUAUCUGACGAUUCACAAAGGUUACACUUCGUAUCCAGCACCACCCGUCCCACCACCGUGCGACUGUUUAGAAAAAUGGGCAGAGCCUGUGUUCCGGUACGUCAAAAACAACAAAUGCCAAUGCGGUCAUCAUUAUGACUAUGGCAACGACGGAGAAUUUGACAUCAGUGACCCUCAAUACUUUGUAAGACCAAGUGUGAAAGGGGCCCCAAUGCAUUUUGACUACAACUUAAUUUACGAAAGAGAUGAGAAAACACUGACUAUAGAAAAGGAAAUUAAAAAAGCUUGGGACACAGAUAGUAUACUUUGGGUUGACGAUGGUAUUGUACCAAAUCCGAAAGAAAAGAGAAGGAAAAGAAUAAAAAAGUCAUCGAAAACUUGUUUGGGAGAGAAGCCAACUAUUUCAAACUAUUUAAAAUGCGCUUUGCGAUACAUGAGACAAGUGAAUAUCGCAGCCCGUUUACCGGAUGUCUAUCUAACACAAGAACUCCAAGAAUGGAUGCGUUACAGAAUCUAUGGUCCAUUCACGCCCGAGCAGAAGAAAAGACUCCUACUGAGUACCACUUACCAUUGGGCUUUCCUAAAUUCAUUCCCGGGCCACGUAACGCCUAAGAGCAAUCCUGAAUUCUCAGGCGAGACGACCUGGAAAUUCAAAAAUGAAAUGAGAAAAAAAUUUAAAAAAUACACUUCUGAAUACAAAAUUAGAAUUUACAAAGCACAUGCUUAUGUUAACAAUUUAUUUUGGGCAACAAUGUGUCAAGCACAGUUUCCUGACAAACAUUUUCGUGAAAUAUUUUUCUCUUACCUUAUUUCACGUAUAGGUGAUUUGCAGAUAAAUCACCCUUACAGUACGAUGGAGACAGCAGAACGUCGCACUUAUAUGGAAAAAAAACGUUACAUCUGUUCAGUAGGAGAACUUAUCGAACGUGUGUAAAUUUUUGUCUACAGUCUUACAGCA